AUGUCCUUUGUGCGUGCAGUACGUCUACGAGUUCCAUCGGCUGCAGCAAAGCCUGGUCCAGCUAUUGGACAAGCUCUUGGUCCGUUGGGAGUUAACAUGGCCCAAUUUUGCAAGGACUUCAACGAAAAAUCCGAAGGCUUGUACGAACGUGAUACACCCUUGCGCGUCGAAUUGAGAGCCAUGUCUGAUCGGUCUUAUGAAUUUGAUAUUCGAAGUCCUCCGACGGCUUGGUUGGUCAAGAGGGCGGCUGGUAUUGAUAAGGGGCCCGAUGCUCCCUCCCCAAGCACACCAUCUGGAUUCAUUACGCCAGAACAAGUUUAUGAAAUUGCUGUCAUCAAACAGGCCGACGGAAACCGAUGGCAUUUGCCCCUAGAAGGAAUUGCUAGAUCAGUCAUUGGCACCGCCAGGAGUGUAGGAGUACAAGUGCAGGAAGCUGAAGAAUAA